AUGGCAACAAUACCGAAUGCAGCAUCAUUACGAAUGCCAAAAAAAACAGUCAAAGAUUUUAAAUUUAUUAAAGAAAUUGGUAAUGGAUCAUAUUCAACUGUUUUUCUUGCUAUUGAUACAGCAACAAAUCGUGAAUUAGCAAUUAAAGCUGUUAGUAAAGAUUUAGUAACAAGAUUAAAAAAAAUUUCUCAAGUCUUUCGAGAAAAAGAUAUUUUAGCGCGACUUACUGAUUGUAAUUAUGCAGUUAAACUUUAUUGUACAUUUCAAGAUGACAAAACUCUUUAUUUUGGUCUUACAUAUUGUCCAAAUGGUGAUCUUCUUCAAUAUAUUACAGAUGCUGGUCAUCUUAAUGAAGAAACUGUACGAUUUUAUGCUGCAGAACUUAUUGAAGCACUUGAACAAUUACAAAAACGACAUAUCGUUCAUCGUGAUCUCAAACCAGAAAAUAUACUUUUAACUGAUGAUAUGCAUAUUCAAUUAACUGAUUUUGGUUCAGGUGUAAUUAUUGACAAUAGUGAAUCUCAAUCAGAUCAUAGUAAAAAUGUAGAUGGAGAAAAAAAACUAUUAAAACGAACUAAUUCAUUUGUUGGUACUGCUCAAUUUGUAGCACCAGAAAUACUUAAACGUGGUGCUAUUCAUUUUGGAUCUGAUUUGUGGUCAUUAGGUUGUAUUAUUUAUCAAAUGGCUACAGGUAAACAUUUAUUUCGUGGCCAUCAUGAAUAUGAUAUAUACAAUGCUGUUGUACGUGUUACUUAUAAAUUAUCAGAUGAUUUUCCUACACUACUUGGUGAUCUAGUUCAAAAACUUGUUCGUCUUGAACCACACGAACGACUUGGUAGUGAAGAAACCGGUGGUAUGAAAAAACUCAAGGAACAUCCAUUCUUUAGUGAAUUUUCUUAUGAUACGAAAUGGGAUCAUUUAUUAAAUCAACAAUCACCACUUGAAGCAAAGCUUAAACUUAGUUCAAGACCACAACUUAGUGAUGAUGAACUUAAAACAAUGUCAUCAGGUUUUGAUGCCCGCGUUGAAGCUCGUUUAAUUGGUUUACGUAUGGCUGCUGAUGGUCCAGAUGAAUUAUCAUCAAUUAUUACUCGUUCAUUGAAUCUUUCGUUAUCAAAUGAUCGAUCAUCUUUACAAGAAACACAUUAUCCAAAUUCAUUGUCGGAUCAAAGUACUAGAUCAUCUUCAUACACUUCUCCGUCCUCAAAUGGUUCUUUUAAUAAUAAUAUUAAUGCACCUGUUACAGCACGAAGAUUACAAUUACCUGAUCAUACUCUAUCAUUAUCAGAACAAGCAUCAAAGAAUAUUUAUCAUAAAUUUGUUCAAAAUAAUCUAAUUAUUAAACAAGGCAUUUUAGAUAAGAAAAAAGGCUUAUUUGCUAGACGACGUAUGUUUCUUAUUACUGAAGGUCCUGCUAUUUUUUAUGUUGAUCCUGAUGCAAUGGAAUUAAAAGGAACUAUAUCAUGGACAGCUGAUUUACGUAUUGAACAGAAAGAUAUGAAAACAUUUCUUAUUCAUGUGCCGGGUCGAACAUAUCAUUUAACUGAUCCAGAUCAAGAUGCGACUACAUGGUGUAAGAGUUUAACAUCAAUUCAUUGCCGAUAUUAUAAUACGGAUCCAAAUCGAAAAUUAUCAACAAUGACAACAUAUUCAUCAGCAUCAUCAUCAUCUGGGCUACAAAUAAUUGCGUUUCCUCAAAUUAAUCUUGAUCUCACCGACUGGACAAAUGAUAAUGAAAGUAAUAUUGUUCUACAACAUGAUUGUCUUCAUGUUGCGGCUUGGAUUGAAGAAGAAAAUGAUCCUUAUCAGAUCAUUUCUUAUUGUAUGAGUGAAUGGCCAUCAAAAUGGAAGUUUCAAAAAAAUAAUCAAGAUCAAAACUUUACUUUUGUUGAGCUCUACAAGUUAAAUAUUACUAGUGAACAAUUAUAUCUUUGGUCGGCACCAAUGGAUGUAGUUGAACAUUAUCAAUUUUAUUUAAAUCUAUUGUUAACUUCAAAUACGUCAUCAUCAUCAAUGGUAACUUAUAUGUUCUAUAAUUGUACGUCACCCAGAUUCGGUCCAUUGUGUCAAUAUUCAUUGGAUGCUUACAAGUAUCAUCAUUUAACUUUAAACGAGAUUAUUCGCGAAUAUUAUCUACACAAAUAUGAACCAACAACAUUGACAUGUUACACUCACUUACAAUGUGAUCGCGGUUCAAUAUUUGCAUGUCUUGAUUGGAGUGAAAUAUGUGAUGGAGUCAUUGAUUGUCGAAAUGGAAUCGAUGAAGAAUCUUGUUGGCAAUUUGAAAUAAAUGAAUGUGAAGAUAAUGAAAGCUACCAUCCAUCAACAACCAUUGUUCGAGAAAUUCAACCAUCAGAUCGUUGUCCAUAUAUAAAUGAAGUAUUGGAUCAUGCAGCUGUUAAAUUUCAUCUUCUUCGUCGUAUUAAAUAUUACCAUUUACCAUGUGAAAGACAUUUACCACCAGUAUCUUGUUUUUAUGAUGACAAUUAUUUUUGUUUAUGUGACGAUUAUGGGCAACACCGUGUAGCCAACUGUUUUGAAUUUAAUUAUACAAAGAAAUUCGAUUGUUUUGGUCAAAGUAAUUGUGAAAAUGGAGCACAAUGUUUACAAGAUAGAUCUACAUGUCCACAAACAUCGACAUGUGUUUGUCAAACAUGUUUUUAUGGAAGACGUUGCCAAUUUAGUUCACAUGGAUUUGGUCUUUCGCUUGAUGCAAUUUUAGGUUAUCAUAUUCAACCACAUAUUAUCAUCAGACAUCAAACCCUUGUUGUACAAUUAAGUAUAGUAUUGACGAUCAUUAUGACUGUAGCAGGAUUGAUCAAUAGUACUCUAUUGAUGAUUGCAAUUAAUAAUAAAGAACCACGUAAAAUUGGUUGUGGUAUUUAUCUAAUAAGUACAUCGAUCACUAGUCUAUUUACAAUGCUUAUGUUUGCAUUGAAAUUUUCCAUACUUAUCAUUGCACAAAUGACAUACAUUACGAAUCGUUUAUUCCUACGAUUACAAUGUACUUCAAUAGAUUUUGUGCUACGAAUCGGUUUUAAUAUGGAUCAAUGGUUGUCUGCAUGUGUAGCUGUAGAACGAACAGUUACCACAAUAAAAGGAAUCAGUUUUGAUAGAAAGAAGAGUAAACAAAUGGCUAAAUAUAUUAUUCUUAUUCUUCUAAUUUUGAAUAUUAGUACAACUAUUCAUGAUCCUAUUCAUCGACGUUUGAUAGAUGAUGAUAAUGAUGAUGACGAGAAAAGAAUUUGGUGUAUUGUUACUUAUUCAUCCAAUCUUCAAACGUUUAAUACAAUGCUAAAUAUAUUUCAUUUUUUAACCCCAUUUAUUAUUAAUUUGAUUUCGGGUUUAGUCAUUAUUAUAAUGACUACUCGACGGCGAACAGCUGUACGAGCUAAUGAAAGUUUUCGAAAAAUGUUACAAAAACAAUUUCAAGAACACAGUCAUCUACUGAUCACUCCAAUUCUUUUGGUCAUUUUAGCUAUUCCACGUUUGAUCAUUUCUCUUAUUUCACGUUGUAUGAAGUCAACUAAUGAUCCAUGGUUAUUUUUGAUUGGAUAUUUUAUCUCAUUCAUGCCAUCUGUGCUUACUUUCGUGGUGUUUGUUCUUCCAUCUAAAGUAUACAAACAAGAAUUUUGGAAGGCUUAUGCACGAUAUAAAAAAGUAGUACAAAUACGAUUACAUCUAGUUUCAUAG